AUGGGAGUCGCAAAGAAAACCAGAAAGUUCGCGCAAACCAAGCGAGUCAUCGGCAAACGCGAUGACAGAGUGAAGGAGAACCGUGAAAAGGCCGACAUCGUCCAACAAACCAAGAACAAGGCUGCCGCAAAUGGAGAGCUCAUCCGCGAGGUCCCUCAGGCGCCCUCGUCUAUGUUCUUCCAACACAACACCGCUCUCGUUCCGCCCUAUCAGGUCAUUGUGGACACCAAUUUUCUGUCCCACACGGUAUCACGCAAAAUCGAAAUGUUGGAAGGCAUGAUGGAUGCUCUUUACGCAAAGGUCGAGGUCCUGAUCACAUCCUGCGUCAUGGCCGAGCUGGAGAAGCUUGGCCCCAAGUACCGGAUUGCUUUGCGCAUCGCAAGAGACGAGAGGUGGAAGCGCCUGCCCUGUGACACCGUUCACAGCGGCACGUACGCAGAUGACUGUAUUGUGGACAGGUGUAUGAAGAACCGAAUCUACAUCGUCGCCACCAACGAUCGAGAUUUGAAGCGCAGACUACGAAAGAUACCCGGUGUUCCCAUUCUCUCUGUCGGACGUGGCAAAUAUGUUAUCGAGAGGCUCCCUGAUUCUUUCUCGACGUGA